UUUCAAAAAUUGGUUGAUUUGAUUUGAUUGCGGCGUCUGUAUAUGUUGUAAAUGAGAUUGGUAGUCACAUUUUAGAGAAAGUACGAAAGUUAACAUACAUUUCUUAGUAUUUUCUUUAAGACCUGUUUGUAUUAAUCUUCAAAAAUGAACUUGGAACUUCUCGAGUCAUUUGGACAAAAUUACCCUGAGGAAUUUGAUGGGACCCUAGAUUCAAUCUCAUUAGCAGCAACUUGCGCAUUCAACCGUCGUGGCACACUCCUGGCCGUAGGCUGCAAUGAUGGCAGGAUCUUCAUAUGGGAUUUCUUGACCAGAGGCAUUGCCAAGUCUAUUUCAGCUCAUGUGUACCCUGUCUGCAGUUUGAGCUGGUCUAGGAAUUGUAAAAAACUCCUAUCAGCUUCUACAGAUCACAACGUCUGCAUAUGGGACAUCCUGUCAGGCGAGUGUGAGCAACGCUACCGGUUUCCCACACCAAUCUUACGUGUGCAGUUCGAUCCUCGGAAUGACAAGCGCUUCCUUGUCUGUCCUAUGAGACAUGCUGCGUUGCUUGUUGAUACAGAUGGAGACCAUAACAUAUUGCCUAUUGAUGAUGAUGGCGACAUAAACGUAAUAGCAUCCUUCGACAGGCGAGGCGACUACGUAUACACAGGGAAUGCAAAAGGGAAGAUACUAAUAUUAGACUCACAAACAUUGGCCGUAAAAGCCAGCUUUAAAAUCACUGUCGGUACAUCGAGCACAACCAGUAUUAAAAGCAUUGAAUUCGCUAGAAGAGGAGACUGCUUUUUAGUAAAUACUUCAGACAGAGUAAUAAGAGUAUAUGAUACAAAGACUGUAAUUAAAUCUGGUAUCAAUGGUGAACCCGAGCCCAUACAGAAAUUGCAGGAUCUAGUCAACAAAACUACAUGGAAGAAAUGCUGUUUCUCCGGCGACGGCGAAUACAUAUGCGCGGGGUCGGCGCGCCAGCACGCUCUCUACAUCUGGGAGAAGUCUAUCGGGAACAUCGUCAAGAUCCUCCACGGCACUAAGGGCGAACUACUGCUGGACGUCGUCUGGCACCCUGUGCGGCCCAUCAUAGCCAGCAUUAGUGCCGGUGUAGUAUCAAUCUGGGCACAGAACCAAGUGGAAAAUUGGUCAGCGUUCGCUCCAGAUUUCAAGGAGUUGGACGAGAACGUUGAGUAUGAGGAGAGGGAGAGCGAGUUCGACGUGGAAGACGAGGACCGGUCCGUCGACCAGGCCGGCGAGAGCAGAGAUGAUGAGGAUGUUGAGGUCGACGUGACGUCAUGCGAGCCCGUGGCAGCGUUCUGCAGUUCAGACGAGGAGGGCGAGGACGAUAACAUGCUGCUAUUCCUGCCCAUCGCGCCAGAGAUCGAGGACCCUGAGGACGGCUGGGCGGCCACGCAGGAGACGGUGACGCCCACCGAGACCCCAGAGAAGUUAGAACCGGCAGCCAAGAGGCCCAAGAGCAAAACCUACGAUAUAUCGCUCAAAAUACCACCGCCAGAACCAUCUUUAUCAUUCGGAGGCAAAAACAAACAAGCGGCAGGGAGUAAGAAAGUUGCCGGCAGACCACGCAAAUAAUAACAAUAAAUAAAAUAGAUUAAGGAAUA